AUGCUCACUAGACUCCUCUCCGCGCUGGCUAUCGGAGCUGCCGCCGUUCUGGCCUCCCCCGUCGCCCACGGGCAUGUCGAGGAAAAGAGGUGGUAUCCCAUCGCCCCCAAGGUCAUGAUUAUCUCCAUGUUCACCCCAGAGGACGUCUGGAGAACUUCCCUCAAUCUCACCCAGAACGUCACCCUUCCCGGUCUCUCUCCCCUCUUCCCCAACGUCGCCUGUAACGAGGCCGGUGAAAUUUGUCAGAUGACCACUGGCGAAGCUGAAAUCAAUGCUGCUUGUUCCGUCACCGCCAUGGUCCUGGCUAGCGAAUUCGACUUGAGGCAGACCUACUUUUUGGUCGCUGGUAUCGGUGGAGUGAACCCUUACAUGGGUACCACAGGGUCCGUCGGCUUCGCCCGAUACGCUGUCCAGGUCGCUCUUGCGGAUGAGAUUGACUCUCGUCAAAUCCCUUCCAACUGGAGUACGGGCUACUUCCUCUUGGGUUCCAGCGAGCCCGGAGAAGCUGCGGGCAACCUUUACGGAACCGAAGUCUACGAGCUCAACACCAAUCUGCGCGAUGCCGUCAGGGCUUUCACCGAUGGUGUCGAGCUCAGGGACGGCGAGACUGCCGCUGCUUACCGAGCCAGGUAUGACUAUGCGCCCGCCAAUGCUCCCCCCGCCAUCUUCUACGGCGACGUUUCUACCAGUGACGUCUAUUUCGCCGGCAACCUCCUCGACGAAGCUUUCGGCAACAUUACUGCACUCUGGACCAACGGUACUGGCCAGUACGCCCUGACUGCCCAGGAGGACAAUGCGACCUUUGAGGCUAUGGUGCGGGCGCACAUGGCCGGAAAGAUGGACUUUUCUAGGGUCGUCCUGAUGAGGACUGCUAGUGACUUUGACAGGGCUCCCCAUGCCGAGGAUGAUGCUGUUACUGCCUUCCUUGCCGAACAGGGUGGUUUCACCCCCGCCAUUGAGAACAUCUACGUCGCUGGUCUGCCCAUCGUCCAAGGUAUCAUUGCCGGCUGGGAGUCUACCUUUGCCCCGGGUAUCGCUCCUCAAGAUGAGUGGCUUUACAACGCCAACAUCUUCCACGACCUUGUUGAGCGCAAGAGGGAGGUUAGGGAGUUUGAGAGGAUGCUCAAGAGGCAGGGUGCCGCGCGACUUAGGCGAUAA